GGCUGAGAUUGGUUACGUCGCAAUUUUAUCAAUGGCGCUACAUAUGCUGGUCUUUUCAAAAACCAUUCUUGAUAAUGUUUACACUUGGAGUAUUGAUCUGUAGUUUCAUUAUAAAUCUACCUCAUCCCUGUUUCUAACUCCAACGAAUAAUUAUCAAUUAAUUUCACCGUCAUCUCAGUUAAUCUACAUGUCUGUAAUUACAUGGGACCACGUUGACAAUCAGCAAACUUUACUAACAGAAAAACAACUAGAGUCAGUAUUUCUGCUGAAUUCACUGAAUUCAAUACCCGGAGAAACUACAUUAAGCAGUACUACUACUCAUACGACCUUCAAUACUAAUCAGACUGACAAAUACGAGUAUCAAACUACCCAACAUGAUGUGUCUAUACAAUCAGCCUCACAUUUCUAUUCAUGGCUAUGGUCUGUUGAACAAAAACUUAGUGCUGAAAUACCUGAAGUACCAAGCGAAUUUUUGACUUUUUUGUCUCGUAAAAAAUUGGAAUGUUCAAAAGUUUUAAGCAUCGUUGAAGAAAUUUUGUCUAAAUUAUCGAUUUUGGAAAAUAAUUACUUAAGCAUAUCGCAGAGCACUAAUGAGUUACAUGAGUUGUGCGAACAUCUAUUAAGGCAACAAAAUGAAAUGAUUGAAUAUGCUAGUUCAAUUGAAAAAUGUCUAGCCAAUUUUGUUCAAGUGGAUAUGUUACAAGCUGAACUUGGAGUUUCCAAUUUCGUCGUAUCUCGUGAGAAGUUGCUGCCAAUCCUAAAUAAGCUUGAUUCAAGUUUACUUUAUUUCCUAGAACAUCCGAAUUUCAAAGAAUCUCCAAACUAUUUAAUCAAGGUGAAAUCCUCGCUUAAAAUAGCUCUUGAAUACAUUAAAAGUAAUGUAACUAAUGUCAUAGAAAGAACCAUAAAUGAGCUUCUGGAAUUGCAUGAUGUUAUCAGCCCUGAGAACUCAUUUAUUUUACUUUACGGACGAUUUCGUUCACAAGGACCAAAAAUACGCUCGUUGAUGACACUUUUAGAAGAAAGAAUACACGUUACUGAUGAGUAUGCUCAGGUAAUGCAAGAGUGUCAUAAAUUUUACUUACAUCAUCGAGAAGAGUUAUUGACACCUGUUGCACAAAAUGGAGUUUCAGAUCUACUUCAAAAAUAUACUGGUGAUCAUUGUACACUACUUCGCACUGCUGGAACAUUCAUAUUGCAUAUGUGUGAAGAUGAAAUGCGUUUGUUUAAUCAAUUCUUUUCAUCAAACUUUUCACAAUCAAUUAAUCAAAUGUUGUCUAAAUUAUGUCGAUGUUUGUAUGAUGCUGUUAGACCUUUAAUAAUUCAUAUCAAUCACGUUGAAAUAUUAUCUGAACUUUGUGAUAUAGUGAAAGAUGAAUUACUUCAACAAGAUGAUCCUAAAAAGGCAACUAAUUCACCAGAUAUGCUGGCAUUUAAUGAUCUCUGUGGAAUGUUGUUGGCUGAUAUUCAAGAAAGAUUAAUAUUUCGUGCACAUAUAUAUGUUAAAUCACAAAUUUUUGGUUUUGUUCCAAGUCCUGGAGAUCUUUCUUACCCUGAAAAAUUGGAAAUGAUGAACGACAUAGCAAAAAGUAUUUCGAUGCCUAUUGAUUCAAACAAUUCACCGGAUAAAGAAAAGGAGCAUGAAAACUCUGAGGAAAUUGUCGCAGAAAGUGAUUCUUCCGAGUCCAAUUUACAGAAUAAGUCUACUACUUCUGAUUUGGCAAUUCAACCAGGACCUAAUAUGUCUUUAGCUCCAGCAGACUUACAUGGUAUGUGGUAUCCAACAGUACGUCGUACUUUGGUAUGUCUCUCAAAACUCAAUCGUUGCCUAGAUACUGAUUCGUUUCGUGGUUUGGCCCAGGAAUGUGUAUCCAUGUGCGUUCAGUCAUUAGUUAAAGCAAGUGAUUCAAUUAGUCUCCGUCGGACAACCAUUGAUGGUCAAUUAUUUCUUAUCAAACAUUUGUUAAUACUUCGUGAACAAAUGGUACCAUUUGGCAUUGAAUUUUUAGUUAAAGAAACUAGCCUAGAUUUUUCUCCAUAUAAAAAUGUAGCACUCAGUAUUUGGGAACAAAAAGGAACUGGGUUAUUCUCAUUAAAUAAAGAAAAUGCAUUAUUACGAUUUCUAUUAGAAACUCCAAACGCUAUUGAUAUUGAAUUGGAUUCUAGACGUCAGUUAGAUAGUCAAUUAAAAUAUACUUGUGAACUACUUAUUGAACAACAAGUUUUACAAUUAACCGGUGAAAUGUCAAAUUUUCUUAAACGGGCUCAUUCAAUCCUAGCCGCUCCAGGUGCACGUCUUGCUGACCAACCGUUCGCAAAUCCAUCAUACAUAAAGGAAAUAGUUUCGAAUGCGCACCGAUCACUCUGUAUAGCACUUGGUCGUAGUUCUAGUUCAAAUCGUCCUGAUACAGUAAAACACCAUACUGUGCCAAAUUUACGAAACUGUCUACAUAUUUAUCUAGCUAAUCCAGAUACAGAAAAUAUCUUAUUACGUCGUAUUCAAUCAGGUAUUAUAUCACAAUGGAGAUCCAUGUAUCAAUUGGUAACUGAUCAUUAUAAUGAUGAGGAUCGUAUAAUAAUCGGUUGUCCAACAGAAAGUCAAAUUCGACUUAUAUUUCAAGAUAUUUGGAAUCGUCCAGUUCUUUCAUCAUAAACUAACUCUUUUUUUCAUGUGUGUAUACAGUUUAAUUUUUUAUAAAUUUCACUUGGUAGUUCAUUAUUUUUCUUUUAUAAAAAUAUGUAAAAUAAAUAUAUUUUUUUUAUAAUUCAAUCAUUUUAUUUCUGAACGAUAACAAUUAUAUUAAAAAUACAUGUCUAUAGAAAUAAGAAUAAUUUUAUGUUAUAGAGUGAUGUGAAUAGAAUAAAUCAAUUACUAUUAUUCCUGAUAUUGAUUUGAGAAUGGAAAACGCUGGUCGGCGGCCUAUGCUCCAUUGGGAGUAACAGGCGUAAGUAAGUGAUUUGAAAAAGACGUGAUGGUAUUUAUGAUCACAUUUUUUCGUUUGUUUUGCUCUCCCUCUCUCUGUGCCUCACUUAUUAUUUUUCAAAAUAAAACUCAGCAGAACCAUUAUAAAUAGACUGAAGUUGGUCUUCUAUCAUAUAUUGUCAUUGUUAUCAUUAUUAUGAGUUUAUAUGUAGAUAAAGGAAAAAUAUAUUACUUGUCAUGAGUUUAUGAUAAUUGGGUAAUUUACUUAAAGAAUAAUUCCUUCUUUAAUUGAUUUCUGAAACACAAUGUACAAUAUUGACUAUUGUUGAAAGGAAGAAGGUGAAAAAACAAACAAUUUCUUAAUUUUAAGACAAAAGUUACUUUUAUGUCAAUGAAAUAAAUAAAAUAUGUAUUUGUUAACAUUAUGAUUCGUUAGUUGUAUCCAUUUGUCUUCAACUAUCAUAAUGCGUAAUAGUAAUAAUAUUAUUACCCAGUUUAACAUUGAAACAUUUUUUUAGAAUGUAAUAGUAAAUUUUGUGUUAAAUAAUAGAGAUAUUGUCUAACUGAAUAAUGUAAAGUAAUAUUGGAAAAUAAAACUUUUUUUUUAUCGAGAAAACAAAAGAACUAUUAAAAUUGUUCAUUAAAUUUAUGUCGCUUUGUCAUCUACAUCAGAACCAUAUAAACAUCAAUGGUAAACAGCUAGAUUUGGUUUUUUUUU